AUGGCCGAGUCGUUUGUCAUCCGUACGCCGGCCUCUUCGGCCAACAUCGGCCCCGGAUUCGACGUCAUCGGGCUCGCCCUGUCGCUGUAUCUCGAGCUGCACGUCACGAUUGACCGGUCCAAGACGUCGUCGACGCAGCCGCUCAACUGCCGGCUGACGUACGAGGGCGACGGCGAGGGCAGCGUGCCGCUGGACCCGGACGCAAACCUGGUGACACGCGUGGCGCUUUACGUGCUUCGCUGCCACAACCAGCGCAGCUUCCCGGUCGAGACACACGUGCACAUCAAGAACCCGAUCCCGCUGGGUCGCGGCCUGGGCUCGUCGGGUGCCGCCGUCGUUGCCGGCGUCAUGCUGGCCAAGCAGGUCGGCCGGCUCGACCAUCUCGGCCCUGAUCGCCUAUUCGACUUUUGUCUCAUGAUUGAGCGUCAUCCCGACAAUGUCGGCGCCGCGCUCUUCGGCGGCUUCGUCGGCACCUAUCUCAACCCGCUCAAACCCGAGGAUGUCGCCCGCAAGGAGAUCCCUCUCAGUGAGGUGCUGCCCGCCCCCGCUGGCGGUAUCGACACCGGCGCCCAGCCUCCCGACCCUCCCCUCGGCAUCGGCCACCACAUCAAGUUUCCCUGGUCGCCCUCGAUCAAGGCUGUCGCCGUCAUCCCCAACUUUGAGGUCGCCACUGCAAAAGCCCGCGAGGUGCUGCCCGAAAAGUACCCACGAGCAGACGUUACCUUCAACUUGCAGAGGAUAGCUUUGCUACCCGUCGCCCUCGGCCAAUCGCCGCCCGACCCUGAUUUGAUCUACCUCGCCAUGCAGGACAAGCUGCACCAGCCCUACCGGCAGACUCUGAUCCCCGGCCUGACCGACAUUGUCGAGUCCAUGACGCCGAGCACCCAACCCGGCCUGCUCGGUGUUUGUCUGUCGGGAGCCGGCCCAACCAUCUUGGCGCUAGCCACCGACCACUUUGACGAGAUCGCAGAGCGCAUCAUUGCCCGCUUUAAGCAGGAGGGCAUCACGUGCAGCUGGCAGUUGCUGGAGCCUGCCGAAGGCACGCAGGUCAUCCGGGAUGGCAAGACAUCGUAG